AUGGCUCCAAAGGUCUUCCUCACUGGUGCUACUGGCUAUAUUGGUGGCGACGGCCUCUAUGCUGUCUCCAACGCCCAUCCCGACUGGGAGCUCUCAGCUCUCGUUCGUAGCCAGGAAAAGGCCGCUCAACUCAAGACCAAGUACCCCGAUAUUCGGGUAGUCCUCGGUGACCUCGAUUCGUCUGAUGUCAUCGAAGAGGAGGUUAAAAAUGCAGAUAUUGUCUUUCACUUUGCUGACUGCGAUCAUGUCGCUGCGGCCAAGGCCAUUGCCAAAGGAGCUCAACACCACACGCCCGAGCGCCCUCUCUGGGUGAUUCACACCUCGGGAACCGGCAUUUUGACUGUCGAAGAUCAGCGAGCUCGAAGCUACGGAAUCGAGCGUCCCAAGGAGUAUAAUGACUGGGAAGGGGUAGCCGAGCUUGUCAAUCUUCCCGGAGAUGCUUUCCACCGCAACGUGGACGAAAUUAUCAUUGGAAUUGGUCGACGGGAUCCAUUCAGUGCUCGCACUGCUGUUGUCUGCCCACCAACGAUUUAUGGACCCGGCCGUGGCCCCGGUAACACGAAGAGUUUCCAGGCCUACCUACUAAGUGCCGCGGUGCUCAAACGUGGCAAGGGCUUUCUGGUCGGCAAAGGCGAGAAUGUCUGGCAUCAGGUUCAUGUCCAGGAUCUAAGCAACGUCUAUCUCGCACUAGGCGAUGCCGCCGCUGAAGGUGGCGGCAAGGCUACCUGGAAUGAAGAGGGCUAUUAUUUUGCAGAGAAUGGAUCCUUUGUUUGGGGGGAUAUUCAGCGAAAGGUGGCCGAGGAGGCAUAUGCUCAGAAAUUUAUCUCCUCGCCCGCUGUUGAGUCUCUGGAUGAGAAAGAGACUACUGAAAUCUUGUCUGCGGGAGUUUACGCUUGGGGAUCUAACUCUCGCGGGCGUGCCCUUCGUGCACGGAAUCUUUUCGGAUGGGAGCCUAAGCAGCCAAAGCUGAUUGAUUUGAUCCCGGAAAUUGUGUCGCUGGAGGCGAAGGGACUUGGCCUCUGA